UGCUUCCCAGUCGUAACGUUGACCAACAAUAAGCCGAUGAGUGAUUUCACGGUGACGCAACAACCGUUCAACGAGAUUUCACGUUUGCCCAACAAUACACAGUACAAUUAUUCCUGGCCAAUCCCGUUCUUUUGGAAGAAUUACAGAACUUAUCAUAUCGAUCACACAACUAAACUCAAAUGGAUGAUACCAGAUUACUACCAUUGUCCGUCGCACUCAGCAUCAAAAUCUGCACUGUCACCUAAACGUGAACCGACGAAUUUUGCGCUACAUUGGGAUUUGGGCAAUACAGAUUCAAAGACAUUCAUGCGGGUCGAAUACGACGAUGUUGCUUAUGCACGACUUAUGAAACAACUGAAAACGAGGCGUGACAAAGAUUUUGGCAUUGAUGAUAAAGUCAUUCUGAUUGCUGAUCAGUUGGCAUUUGCUAAACAUAACGAAGAGCUUGGCAAGCCGUUCUCGUUCAAGAAAACGCUCGAUUUGAUUUCAACAAUAAUACCAGGCAAUGACAGUUACGCAAUAUUCAAAAUCACACAAGGUGUUAUCGACAGAAUGGAGAAAUAUUUCAUGGAUGGUCCGGAUUAUCCACUCUUUAAGAAAGGAAUGCAAGAGUGGUUAACGGAAAACUACAAAAAAUUGGGCUACACUGUUUCGGACAUUUGGGAUCCCGAGUGA